AUGACGCCAAGUUGGCGAUCAAAAACAAAGAUGGCGGCUUCAUCGUUCGUUUCUAUGAGAAAUUUUUGGAAAGAAUUUUCGCUUCCAGAGCUUCAGGUAAGUGAUCAAAGCAGAUUUUUUCAGAUAUUGCUGUCCAUAUUGUGCUAUAUUCUUGAAAAGAAUAAUGGAAAUGGAUGCGGUGUGUUAGGUUUGAGGAUGUGCACGAUUUAUACAUGGUUGUCUGCAGUUUGUAAAUAAGUUCUCUUGUAAUCGAUAGAAAUCGUUAGAUACAACCGCAGCAGAGCUUGCAGAGCGCCAAGAUGGGUCAGAUAUUUCUAGAAAGAAGCUUGUUGAGCUUAGCCGUGAUUUUAAAAAGAAUACACCCGAGGUAAGACAAAUUUUAGUUACGUUUAUAAAUUUCGUAGUAAUUUAUUUAUUCAUCUGUACCUGGAAAAAAAUUGUUUUAAGAUAUUCUGAAAAACAGUUGAAUUACAUAUGCUUCCUCAGUCCCAGAAUCCUGACAUUCAUUGACAAACCGUUGUUAAUAACAAGGGUUUGUUUAGUGCAAGGGUAUAAUAAGCAAUAUGGAGAUGAACCCUUACUUCCUGAGAUGCAUAUUAUCAUGCCAAUUCUCACAGAUUAUCCAGGUGUCUCCCCAAAUCGGCACUAAUCUCCUCCUCUCCCAUAUAGUUCACCAAAUUUCCUUGUUAAAAAAAGACUGCUUUAUUUGGGAAUUUAGUGAUUGUUUUCCCAUAUUAUAAACACAAGGCAACUGUUUUAAGAGGAAACAAGGCAUUAGCCAAGCCAGCCCAGUAAAGCAGGUCAGCCCGGCUAACUGGGCUGGCUCACCUGACAUAAACAGGUCCUUAAAACAUUAUGCAGCUGUCAUUUAAAACCCUCAGAAAAUUACGGCUAUUUGAAGACUCUACAACUUGAAGUCACAAAAUGCGAGAGAGCAAAACAUUUCAAAUCAUAUUUAAAGUCUUCUGGAGGCUCUGCAGGCUUUAAAUGACUGGUACAUUAAGGAGAACCCUUUGCUUGUUGUGAAAAAUACUUAAAGUGGCCAGGAGUUGCAAAUCCCAGGAUGUAUCUGAUUAACAAUCAAACUUAACACUAUGGAUUUUGCAUGUGUUUCAUUUUUUGCAGGAAAUCAGGAAAAAAGUUGCACCACUUUUAAAGAGCUUCCAAGCUGAGGUUAUAAUCAUAUAACUUUCUUUACAAGCUUAUUGCACACUUUAAUAAAUUGCAAAUUCUUGUUUUAUUGAUUUCUAAUAAAACAUAGGUUUACAUGCAUGUUCAGUUGAAUGGUAGUAAAUAAACAGUGAGAACACCAAGUUUAUUUUCAAUUGGGUGAUCACAACAGACUCAAAAAUGUAAAAAAAAAGACAUGAAAUUCUCAGAAUUUGCUUGAUGCCAACAAAGAGAGCAAUUUAGUGAACAACAGCUGAAGUUAUUUGAUUUUCUCUUAUUUAUUAAACUAACUGGUUAUUAAAAAUUCUGUAGCAAAAACUUUUAACCACGAAUAUAGCUAUUGUUUUCCCAGAUGAAAAUAUAUUUGAAUAUAUUUGAGCCAUUCAUUUGAAAACUACCCUUUUAUUGAUUUUACUCUUUCCCUCCUAUUUAGAUUGAUGCCCUUUCGAAAAGAAGCAAAGCAUCUGAGACUGCCUUUCUUUCAAUUUACAAGAAACUGGUAGAUGUCCCAGGUAAAGUGAGUUAUUACUUAUCAGAAGAUUGUGUGAGCUGUUUUCAUCAUGAUUGUACAGCAGUAAAUAAAGCAGAUUUUACUACAUUGCUUAAAAAUCAACCCACAUCAGCUAGAGUGUAUUAUGUUCAUGAGGUGUAAUAGAAACAUGCUAUUAUUGCAGGUGCAAUUAAGUCUUGAAAUACCCGUGUCAAACCUCUGUUAAGUGGCUGCCCGCAGGAAAGGAAAGUGGUCAAGGUUUUUGAGAGAAUUUGUGACAAUUUUAAAUGCUGGAAUUUGUGUUCUUAAGAGGCAGCGAGGGGCAGCUUAAAUAUAGGCUCCACUGUAUCAUGUAGGCUGUAGUCACUAGAUUUGUUCACAAAGUAUUCAAGCUUUAGUUGUACUGCUGAAUUUAGAGACUGAUAUAUUAGAUCAAUCAAUCACCUUGGGUGAGCUGUUUGGAUCAACUCAACUCUUCUCCAGCAACACCUUCAGCAAGUUGAUAAAAUGUGCAUGUAUGUUUUGAUUCAUUGCCUGGCUUUAGAAGAGCCAUGUAUGUCUUGGCAUCCAUAGAAGUAGGUCACUCACUUUUCAUUCUUGCUUUGCCAGCAGUGACCAGCAUAUCUAGAACUAGCGGUAGCUGAUGUAUAGUAUGAAUUAUCAGGAUAUUUUCCCAUAGGGCUGUUGUUUAGUUGGAUAUUGCUUCCGGGAAAUAUUGAGCUGCCACUGCACAUAUAACAUUCAAGUGUGUUGAUCACUAAAGAUGUGUUUAGGUUGAGUAUUGAUUGUUGUUGCCCAGCAACUGCAUUUAUUGACCGGCUACAUGGAUUGUUACCAGUCUUAUGAAGCAACACAAAUCCAUCCCUGUAUGUAAUAACUAGCGAAAACUUCCAGUGUUUCUUUCUGUAUUUUAUUGUAUUUCUUUCCUUUUUUAACAUGCAAUUAAAUAUCACCUUUGUCUAAUGUUUUGUCCUGCCUAGAUUAGCCAGGGUUCUCAAUAGAUUUUUAAGUAGGAGGUGAUCACUGAUAAAGUAGGAGGCUCUUCCGCAAAGCCAGAGGUGUCAAAACAAAGCAAAGAAAAGCGACUUAAACACAAAGUAAGCGGCUAUAAAUCCCAAAGUAAGCGGCGAUCAAUCGCCGGGUGCCGCCUUCUAUUGAGAACCCUGGAUUAGCGUGAUAGCUAUUUGCGGGGUAUACAGUAUGCUGUUGUUAAUAAAUUAUACAUUGUUGUUGUUGUUGACCUUCCCUCUGUUAUGGCUAACAGAAAGGAAUGAGGGUAGAUAUAAUUUUAACUUUUUUUUCUUUACCAAAAUAAGUAUUUUGUAUAUUUUUUGAAUUUUUUUCAGAUCCAUUACCACUACUUGAGCAGUCUGUCAUUCAACAACAAAAAGUUGCUAAACUUCAGGUAUCUUGUUUGAGUGUUCUUUGUAUAUGGAGAACCAUGGCCAGUCGAACUCCUCCAUGAUGGCCUUAUAUUGAUUUUUAAUUACUACGUUGUUUUUAAUUUGACUCGGCCGCAUCUUGGAUAUGCUUUAAGGUGACAGCGCGAUGCUGUUAGUGAGUUCUUCACUUCUUGUGUGCCCAUCAUUACUUGGCUGUAUAGCCGCGUGAUGCGGUUCCAGUCGAGACCCACAAAUUGGCCCUUGCUCACCAUAGAGUCUCCAGUAGCUCAAGUGGUUAGAGCAUCCGACUAGAUCACGGAGGGUCGUGGGUUCAAAUCCCAUCUGGGACUCAGAUUUUUUUCUGAGUCCUCCUCAAAUUAAUAUCAUGUUGUUGUUGUUUCAUCUUCAAUAUAUGUUGUUUUUAUCAGUUAUAACAUAGAACUAACAUACACUGAACCUUUUACAACUGUAGCAGAAGAGAGCCUUGUAGAUUUCCUUCUUUUCACCUGAAAAUGGAAAACUACUUCAUUUGUCCAUUUAAAUCUGUCUGUACACUGGUACAUGUAAUCAGUUUAUCAGUUAUUCUGUAUGGGGUGUAUGUUAGUGCACAGUGUACAUGUAAUCUUGAGUGUACAUACACAAGUUUCAAUAAGUUGUUGUCUACAUCCUGUUAACUGUAUAUUGUUUAUAACUAGAAAAUAAUUUGAAACAAUACCUUUAUAUUAAAUUUUCAGUCCAGCAGUUACUUGUUUCUUCUUUAUUAGCAGAAGAUGUGAAAUAUUACUUUCAUGAUUCGUUUGUCUGUAGGACUAUGAGAUUGAAAAUAAACAGCUAAGAGAAACAUUAGAGGAAUAUAAUACAGAAUUUGCUGAGGUGAAAAAUCAAGGUAAUAUUCUUUUUUUAAUAACUGGUGUAUAAAGUAAUAAAUUUUGUACAAGUAAAUAUAUUUUCAAUCCAUAGCUUUUCGGUUGAAUGAUCAUAGAUAACUUUCAUGUGGUUUAUUUUGCCUGAUAGAGGUGACUAUUAACAGACUGAAAGAGAAGCUAAGAGAAUAUGAGGAGAAAAUCGAAGACAGAGUACAGGUAAUGUAUGAGUACCAGUAUUUUGGUAAAGCUAGUGAAUGUUAAAUACUCUUUUUGACUACACUGGGCUUAACCUUUUACACAAAGGUUCUGUUUUGUAGAGGGGUUUUGGGUGUGAAAUACGGUGAUUAACCAUUAAUUUUGGAGUGAGGAGCCCUAAAAAUUAAGAAGCUAUUUAGUAGUUGCAGUGGCUCCUAGACCUGCCAAUAAUGGUAGCUCUUAAUUGGCAAGAAGAAUUUAGAAAAGUGCUUGAACAGCAAAGGAAUGUAACUGCUAACCAAAGGAAUUUACUUGAAUAUUCAUCAUAAUCAUUCUUAUUAUUAUAUACAUACAUGUACAUACAUACAUAAGGCUUUUCAGUGACAUAUUAUCAGACAUCUAUUAAAUGUAAAUUGUAGGCACGAGUGAAAGAAAAGGAGAAAGACAUACAAAAGAUGUUUUCUGAUAAAGAGAAGGCACUGCAAGAAAAGCAGGUUUCUGUGGCUAAAAAGCUGGGAGAAGCAGAGCACAAGGCAGUGACUCUCCAGGCUGGUAAGUAUGAAGCUUUACAAUACUCUCCACAACUUUAACUGAGCGUUGUUUAUUUCAUGUACUUUAUUUUUAUGUAACAUUAUUUUAUUCAGUGAUAGUGUUGGGCUUGUGGUGGAAAGGAAUACCAGGAUAUAUGGAAGCCAUGCCCUGAUUGUACAGUUGUUGUUGUUGUUGUUAUCUUAAUUAACAAAGACAGUUUUUUAGUUCUACACCAAGGUACACAGGGUGCAAAGAAAGUCAUUUUUAAAGCUUGCCAUUCAGGAAAGCUGAAGCUAGCAUAUACUAGCCCAAAUGUCAUUUCAACUAGCCCCAAAAACAUUUUGAUGAGAAGAAUUGAUUUCACAGUACUUCUGUUAUUUGAAUUCCUCAAAAAACUUCACUUACCCACUGGGCAAGAUAAGAACAGAAUUCACUAACGCGAUAGCAAAAUCCACUGGGCCCCGGGCUAUCGGACACUACCUUCUUUGCACGCUGGUACAUAAAUGGUCCAUACUAAUUUUGAGUUGAUAGAGGUAACCCUGCUAUGGACUGGUCAUCACUCAGUGUUAAUUAACUAUGGAUUCACAUGCAAGCAAUAGGUUUUUGAAGUUAACACCUCACCUGGCCAAUAAUAAUAUUGUUAUCUUGUACCAAUUCUAAUAGAAAUGAUUACGUUUGAGAUGUCCAUAGCAACGGUUCACUUUAUUCAACACCUGCUUGUUGGACUUGACAAAACCAAUUCACAAAGAAAAGGUCCUCCAAUAUGUUUUGAUCUCAGCUCUGAUUUUGAUUGUCAUUCCAAUCUGAUAAGGAAAUUUUCUGACUUUUUUUAAUUUACAUUUUUAUUCAAAAUAGAUUUUGAUUAGUUUUCAGUGCACAUCAGUAGAAAAAUUUAAUACAGCAAUAACUGAUCCACAUGUAUAAAUAUGGUUCUUUUUAUCAUGAUACUUAAUAAAUAACUGUUAUUAUUGGAGAUUUUUCAUUGCAAGGAUACAAAUGGUAUCUUUCUCAUUCUCUGCCUCUCUAUAUUCUGCAAAAGAACAUCUGUAGGAACUUCAAACCUUGGGUAGAAGGUUAUUAGAGUUUAACUGUGUAACAACUACAUUAAAACAUUGAAAUGGUCUUUUCAGUGGGUAAAUUUGUUUAUUUUACAGCACUGGACAGUACUCAGUCAGAACUGUUUGAUGUAAAAGCCAAGUUUGAUGAAAUGGCUGCCGCGAGGUACUUUAGUCAUAGUGCCCUAGUAACAUUUUACUUGUAUUUAAUAGCUAGCUUUUUGAUUAGUGAUUGUCAUAAAUAACAACAAUAAUUUCUGUUUCAAAGCAAAGUAUACAUACCAGUAAUAAAAGUGUUUUUAAUGUGAUAGGUGCAUUUAGGCAGGGUGAGGAGGGAUCUUGAUCUGCCUCUGUUGUUCUGUGAGUUGCAGUGUUCAAUCAUUGAACGCUGUAACUCACUUCAAUGUGUAUUGAGAUACCUUUGUGCAGCACUUGUAUGUUUUUAUCUCAUUUUGUUUUUAGGUCUUCAGAGAUUGAAAUUUUGGAAGCAGAUGUAGAGAGGGCAAAUCAGGUGUGGUGCUUCUGAAUUCUUUUACAGAGAAUUUUUUGAAAGUUAUAAUCUUAUAUUUUUACAGAGCUUGCAAGAUAUAGAAUUUUAAAGUAGUUUUCAUUUUAAAAUAUAUCUAAUAAGAUUUUGUGGGUUUUAUUUGCAUAAGAGGGCAUCAAGUGCAGAACGUCAAGUUGAAUCUUUGCAAGAAGAGCUUCUUUCUACACAGAAUGCAUUACAGGUUAGCUCUGAAGUUUGCUUUUUUUGGGGGGGUGUAACAGUUUAUUUUCACUUCGAGUGAAUAUGUACUGCUUUGUAGUAGUAGUGAUUGUUGUUUCAUUUGUUCCAGAAUAUUGGUGAUGUGCAAAGACCAAAUAUGGUAAGAGUUAUUUAUUUAUUUGUUUAUCAAACAUUUUAUAAAUCAAUCAUUUUAUUGCCAAUAAACCCACAUUUUAAUAAAAUCCAUCCGCUCAUUCCAAUGCCAUCCCAUUACUAAAACAAGCUUGCUCGUACGUUCUUGUGUCAUUCAUUUUAUCCAUUCUUCCUAUCCACCCACCUGUCAUCCAUCCAAGAGGUAUCCAUUCAUCACUGUUUUGGUCAUACUUUUCAGAUUUAUGACUUGAAUCUCAUUCUACCGUUUUGUUUUCUUUAUUGUGUGAAGGGUAGUCUUCUUCAUGCAUACUGCAUAUGUAGGAAAGUCUGAGUACUGCUUUGUAUAUAUUUUUUUUACUCUGCUAAUUUUUUCCUUUUGACUUUAGACUGAGACAAUAGAUGCACUCUCACGCUCAAGCUUGGAGCAUGAACUAGCAGCCAAAGAGAGACAGGUGAGUUUGUAAAAAAGAAGUAGUAGAUAAUAGCAUUUUUUUAUUGCAGAUUGCCAAAUUCUCAUUUCUUUACUAAUUAAAAAUAACUUACUGUAGGAGAGCCGUGAGGGUGAUGCCUUCGUUUCAGGUCUACAUUUGGAACCAUGCUCUGUAUAGGUGUGGCCUUAGCAUGUCACUGUGUGGUUAAAGUGUUGACAUUCUAAAUCUAGAUGGAAUGGAAAGCCUCACUACAGUUUUCUGCAUGGUCUUUAACAAAUUUCAUUUUUUAACACUGAGUUUACCAUAUUAUUUUGUUUUCCUGUUUAUUCAGAUAUCCCAACUAGUGAGUGAUGUGCAGCAGUUACAAGUGAUGCAGAACAGAUUAAAAGAAUCUGGAGCAAAUGAGGUAGAGUGCAAGCUCUGCAAGUCUUUUGUGAUCUGGGGGCAGGGGUGGUGAAGAGACUGCUUGCUCUUUUGAAUAACCUCUCCUACUCCAUCCUACAAGCUCAAGGCUAAGAUGCUUGUUGGUUACUAUUGUGUCCAUACAUAUCAUAGCCUAAGCUACAAGAGUAUGACUGAACUGUCCUAUUCUAAAUUGAAAUUUCUCAUCGUGAAAUAAUAUUAGAGCUGCAAAUGUGCAGAUCAAGUCGCCAUUAUAUUCAGACAAUUCAGAAAAGAUUGUUGCUUCUAUAUUCCAUUAAAUCUUUAUAAUUGUUUUAAAUACUAUGCAUAUGUUCAGUCUGCUUCAAAAUGUUAGUAAAUGGCAUUAUUUUGAUAUGUCUGGUCCCAGUCAUUCAAAAGGUGGAUAGCGCUAUCCACCAGAUAAAUCUCAAUCCACUGGGUAAUGCAAUUGGCUUCCCUAAUAUUUAUCCACUGGGGAUAACUGGAUAGCAUUAUUGGUCGGGAACCCUAAUGUUUUAUCCAUUGUCUGGAUGAAGUCUACUCUUGAUUUAUAACCUGGUGGACAGAGGAGUGGCAAUCCAGUUUUUACUGGCAACCAGUUAAAAUGACUAGUUUGUUAGGGUUGAAAAUGCAAAAUGUGGAAUAAAAUCAAAUGUGUCAUCAGAGGGUUGAUGCUAAAUGUGGAAUUUCAUUACUUUCCUUUCCGCUCAAAAUGCGCUGAAAUGCACUUUUUGGAAACCCCCAGAUAAGAGUUUUCCCUGGGGGAGGUCCCUGGACUUCCCCAGUGAUAGGGGGUAACCUCCUUCUCAUAUCUACCCCUACACAUAGUUCUACCACGUGCGAGAUGCGCCUUUCGAUCUGAUCAGUUGCCGCCUAGUUUAUGUUUUUCCCUUUUCUAAUUCUGGAGAACCCUGGAGUGGCCACAUAAUCAAUGAAAAGAGCGGUCUGUAACUUACAUUAUCGUUUAGUAAGAGAAAUGUAUUUUAUUGACAGGUCAGCAGGUUAGAAGACCUGUUAGCAAGUAAAACGACUGCUCUUCAACAAAUGGUAACCCUGUUUCAUUAUUUCUUUAAUUCACGCUGUCGCUGGCGCUUACUACUGAUAGUGCACAUAAUUUUAUUGUCAAGAAAGUUGUCAGUUUUCCAUUCUCACUAUCUCUCGUAAUUUAAUGAAUGUGUAAGUUUGCAUAUUUUCUGAUAUCUUUCAAUUUUUGGUUUGGAAACGAGAGUAAUUGUUUCCUAAAAAUAUUUUUGUGUAUUUUUUCUAGUAUAAAUCCGUUAACUUGUUUUAUCUUCUUUAAAUUCUCUUCAGGAGACGAAGCUUGACGGACAGAGUGACUAUGAAGAAAUCAAAAGAGAGCUAAGGUUAAGUUUGCACUUGAAAGUAACUGGUAGAGUUUUGUAUCCUCGUGAAGUGACGUUUUGAACAUUGAAGCGAUUUACUUGACAAAAAUAAAGGGUAUCCGGCUGUCAUAGAAUGGCAUGUACCGCAGCCCACCAGGUUACAUUUAUGCCUAGUUGUUAAUAAAUUGAUGGUAGGUGUAAAUUUAUUGGGCUGCAACCCCAGUUGAUUGCAGUCAUCUGUCCAUAGUCCUAAGCUGGCGGACUGCAAACGUCAGAUUCAAGUUUAGAAAUUUUCAAAAUAGAAAGUAAGCAGAUAAAAACAGCUCAAAACAAUUCUUUGGAAUAAAACUGGUCUGAAACUAGUAAUUUUUGAGUAGUCGUAAUGAACAGUAAAGGACAAGAAAAGGGAAAACUCUGCCUCCUGAUACAAAUUGCCGUAAAAGUGACUCUAAAUCUCUCCGAUGUUUGCCCGUUUACGAACUUAUCCACUCAGGAUUUUACCCAAUUAUUAUACGUUUCGCUAGGAUUGUUCCGGUGUGGAGGAAAGCGGUAGACGCGUAGCCUGCGUGGCAGGUGUCUAAAGAGAAAAGGAAGGAAGUGGAAAGAAAGAGAAUUAGCGUUUUCAUCCCAUUUCCUUUCUCUUUGCGCCUCCCAUGCAGGUUUUAUAGUAAAUCAGUAGACGGAGCCUUAUGGUAGCCAAAAGCACUUACAACCAUCACCAAAGUAUAAGCCCAACUCUGCAUGUAUGUUCUCUGGCAGAAGUGAUUGUCUCAAUUUUCUGCUACAUUGAUUGCAUUUCCUGACGUUGCAGUUCUUACUGUAUACGAUCAACUCUUUCAAUUCUAAUGGUGGCCAUAGAAAAAUUAAGAUUUCUUUUUUUGUAAAAUCCUAAGAAAUAAUGAAUACUCUGCAAACGUUUUGCCAAAGAGGAUUCAUUUGAAUAGCGACGUAACUGGAUUUCGUCCACAGACCUAAAAGUUUACAGUUUCACUACAAAUCAUGCUAUUACCUAUACAAACAUUCUCGACAGAACUUGGUCGAGACGUGAGAGAGUGAAGACCUAAGAAAUAUGCACUUCAUUCGAUUGCUUCGUUUUUUAUUCUUAUCUGUCAUGUUUAUGUUAAUUGUUGCAGUAUUCUGAAGUCAGUCGAGUUUUCCACGAGUGAGGGUGAAAGUGGGGAAGGAAGAGUGGUAUGUUUGAAUAAUUGUGAAAAUAAUUCCUUACACAGUUGAGGAGGCACAUUUUCUGUUCAUUAUACAUAAUCUGCCCUCUUGCAUGUCACCAUAAAAAAGUUUAACUUCUCUAAUGUUUUUGUGGAGCAUUUUAAAGACAUAUUUAAGCAUAGUUUAUAUACUUUGGAGAGUUAGGCGUACUAUUUGCAGGUUGGUUAAUCAAUAAUCUGAUCAAUAAACACUGAUAAAAACAAACUGGAGGCCUUGGAAACAGCAAUCAAGUAACCAACCUUGAGAUGUUUUGCGCGGCAUUUUGUCUCAAAAAUCUGCUCUUAGUACUUAGUGUAACCUAAGAUGUAGCCUGGGACCAGGCUCCGCAGUGGGGGAAAAAGGCAAAGUACGGAGAAAAACAGAAAAUAAUAAUCGGCGGGCACUCGCCCGCCAUUUUUUUUGGCUCUCGCCGAUGUUUUUUUUUCCUUUUUCCCCAACUGUGGAGCGUUGUCCUAGGCUACCUAUGAUGUGUCAUCCAGGGUGAUUAUCACGAUGUUUGUAGUUGAUUCUUUGAUUUGUGUUUUAGGAAUCAACUCCUAAGUCUCUGGAGAUGCUUCUUCUUGAUAAGAACAAAAGUGAGUCUGCAUGUGUAGCGCAAAAUUGUAAAAAACAAUCCAAUUGUGAUUUUGAAGGUUUUCACUCGUUGGUGACAUUUACUGUAAAUGUGCUUUUUUCAACUCUUUCAGGGCUUCAAUCUGAGAAUACAAGUCUUAAAGUGGAGAAUGUCGACUUGACAGGUAAUAUUUCACUUAGGAAAGAUGUGCUGUUAUACCUUAAAAUAUCAAAGAAAUAAUUGUUAAUUCCAUGUUACGUUACGAUAUUCGACGCUUUUUAUAUCAAGUACAGAAAAUGCGGAGAAAGAUGUUGAAAAAAAAGUAAACGAAACUGUUUAUAGUGCAAUGGACCGAUUUGAAGUCUGACGCUUUCGUUAUGGCUGUAAUAGAGAGUAACGAUGUAAUGGAUGGUCAGCUGAAAAAUUCUCAGUUGUACACUGAAAAGCAUUCAACACAUGUCAACUGGUAGUUGUUUUAUUCUUUAUGAUUUCUUCUGAAAAUGUCUGAAAAUGGACUGUUUGAAAAUGGACUGUUUGUUGGAGAUAACAUCAACAUAAAUCAGAACAUCGGUACUCGACACUAGCUAAAGCCGCCAUGGACAAGCGAUUUGUCAGCUUUUUAAAAAGAAAAGAUUCUUUUUGUUUAUUGGAAAUUUAUUGGCAUCUAUUGUAGAGAACGUUUCGACAAAUUUUUGAAGAGCAGCCGUUGGGGUAAAACUUAUAACCGGCGGAGUGAAUUGUUCCGGACAAAUCAUUUUUGACGUGUCGACAAGGUUUCAGACGAGAUAAAGCCACACAAAAAAAAAAGAAAUUGUGCAGCAAUCCUGCAAUCAUUCAUAGUUUUAACUUUCUUUUAUCGUAAAUCUUUUUUAUUACACUUCUUGCAAUCGCCUGCAACGUGUUCUAUUAGAGAACAAAGUAAUUUUACAAAUCAGGUAAUCCAGGGGUAAUCUGUUCGUUAUGUUUCUAUUUUGACGAGCUGUCAAUUUACAAAUGAACCGAACCGUGAAAUAUCAAGGGGCGUUUUCCAGAAUCGUGGGGUUUGCGGGCAAGCGUUUCCUCUUCUCCCCUCUCCCUCCCCCUUUAACCUUUUUUUUGCUUCCGCUGCAAGUGCUAAGCAGAUCGCAUUUAGCAGAGAGAACAUUGGCUUAGAGCGGUUUUCACUUGACUGUCGUAAAACCCAAACCAAAGUAAAUACAGUAGCCAACCAAAGGGCGUAGUAGAACCAAAACCAAAACCAAUCCCUUUCCACAGUCAAGUGAAAACCGCUCUAAUAUCUUAUUUUACUAACCACAAAUUAAAAGAAAAAAUUCACAAAAAAAAAAACUGCCAGCUACGCGUGCUAGUUGUGCAACUCCUAGCCUGCGUAGCAAGCGUUUCCAAUCGAGUUAUUGCGCGAAAGUUAGAGCGGAAGCAAAAAAACCCCUCCCCCUUCCCCGUCAUUCAUUUUUUUUGGCUCUUGUCCCAGUUUUCUUGACGAACCUCGCGAGGAAACGCUUGCUACGCAGGCUAUGCAACUCCUUCACCUUGCUGGUCAUUGUUUAAGGCAGCCAAACAAAAUUGCUUCGAAACUUGUGUUAUGGCAAUCAUCUGUCGGAAGGGUUAGCAGGGGAAGACAGCCAAUUGACUCAUAUAUUGGCAACAUCAAAAGGGACACCAGUCUUGACAGCAUCAGCGAAAUUCGGUCAGCAUUGCGGGAUAGAAAUGUGUGGAAAGAUUUUGUCACGAAGGCUCGAUCGAGAGAUCGGCCUAAGUAAGUUUUGAAUUGCCUCUCAGGCUUUCCCUGUUUUGUGUUUAUGUCUUUAGGACGUUAUUCUGAUCUACAAGUCCAGUACAAUGAGGCAGUUAACACUGUAAAGGAACAGAAGGAGCUUAUCACACAAUUAGAGACAGACCUAUUGAGUGUAAACGCACUACCCUCUGCAUUCCGCGGCCAAGGGGAGGUCAGAAUUGUUGUUUUCUGAGUAUUUAAAAUGAAGUCGAAAGUAAUGACCACUAAAUGUGCUGAAAUUUGAUAAAAGAGCGGCGACAGUUUAGUUCCAAUUGGUUUAGCUACUUUUAUCGAAAAACUAAUGAUUGGUGUAGAAGUGAGAAGAUCUGAAGUAAAGAUAUCAAUUGAAAUACGUGAACACGCUGGCUGUAAAAUGAACCAGGAAAUUUAAUAAGUACCGUUUCAUUCCUUUCAUUCCACAGCUAACGUUUGACGUUAGGCUCAUUAAAAAACGUUGUUUUAUCGUCAGUGGUUUGAAUUCGGUCGACAAAGGAAGACGUUCAGAAACGAUGUUGAAAUGAACGAUGCUGUAGCGCUGAAUAAAUUGCAAAUUUGCUGUCGGGAGAUGGCACCAAGAUCAAAAGCAAGGACAACAAAAGUGACCAAGCUUGAGGUCAACAUUGGCCCCUGGUCCAACCAUCUUCACCGAAAUGUUCGGUCAACAGCGCAUAUUGUUAUAUUUUAUGACCAAAUGAUUACACCUUUUACGUGGACAAACGAGAAACCCCGAGGAGCAGCCCAGAGGAAAGGCCCCUCUUGCCCGCUAGGGUAGCCACCUAGCAUACAGGUCAGCCAGAGAUGCUGCUAUUUGUGAUAAUUCUUUCAUUUUAAUUUAGUUAAUUAUAAUUAUAUGUUUUUGUCAGGGUGAGGCUGGACCUCCUUCAGAGAAAGAACUUGUUACAAACGCUGUACAGCAAGCCGUGGGCGCACCGACAGGUACUGAUGGUCUGAGUGAUAAUAUUUACGGUGUCUCGUCUCUCUAGUAAUCGCUUUAUAAAAAUGUCCAUUUGAUAUCUUUUCUGUCGUUGUAGUUGGGUUUACAGGAGAGAAUGUGGCAACGGAAUCUCUUCUUCCCAUUGUGGCGAGCCAGAGAGAGAGAUUUAAAGUCAGGAACAUGGAGCUUGAAGCAGUAAGUUAUUCCCUUUGCCACUCUUCAGUUAAAUAGUUUGCUUGUUUGUUUUUGUCUUAUUGACAUGUUAUAUUUUAAAUGACUGAGAAUUCACAGAAGACCGUGAAUUGCAGGUAGAAGCCAAUGACCGACCCUUGUGUUUAACAAUAUAAUACAGAAGUACAAGCGGCUGUUUGUUUUGCUUGAGUUUGAUUGGAGAAAGUACGGUAGUUUUUAGUUUGUGGUAUGCCGGAAUUUAAAGUUACUAAAUGACGUCAAAGAAGAGUUUCUAACGAUGAUCAUCAGUACUAGCAUCCAGACACAAACAAGCGCAUGAAAGUAGCUGGCUAGCCGGCAAACUGCUUGCUGUUUGGAAGAGUCAGGUUACUGUUGACAAGCGCGGGAAAUCAAAAGCGAGCAACGUUGACCAAAGCGGGAAAGAGUCGGUUCGAGAUGUUUUAAGCUUCCUUGUUAAAAGAAAAACUUUCCUCUGAGGUAUUUCAAACACUGUAUCGGUACUGUAAAACAAGUUUUUAAAACUAUUAUACCCUCUGUUCUUUCUUGUAGCAACUGCGUCAUAACCAGCAACAGAUUAGUGUCUUACAGAAUGAAGUGGACACUCUACGCUCUGACAACGUGAAAUUGUACGAGAAAAUCAAGUUUCUCCAGAGCUACCCGUCAAAGGUAAUCUCCUUCGUUGUAAUUUAAAUCCAGAUUUCAAUGUAUUGUUUUCAGUGCUUAUAUUUGAAAAAAGUUGAAAAAUACUGAGCUGCGUAGUUGGUAGAUAACGUUGUGCUUUUAACAUAAAAACGCUUCAUUUUUGCUUUGGCGCAGGGUACAAGCGGUAAAGAUGAUGAAGCUGCGGUAAGCAGAUAUUCCUCACAAUACGAACAACGACUGGAUCCAUUUUCAGCUUUUAAUCAGCGGGUAAGUAGAAGUGUAUACAUGCAAUAACCCUCGCUGACGUAUAGACUUAAAUUUCUUACCCAACUUUUACAGUUCUUUGCUGUCAUCUCCAAAGUGUUUGUGUGCGGCCGAAGAAUGAUAUUUUCUGGUUCUUUCAAUAUGUUUUCUUUCCCUUAAGGUUACCUGCUUUCUUCAAAGAGUACAUACCCUGCUAGCUAGCAGAGGUUUUGUUUCCGGCAUGAAUGUUAGCAUAAGCGAUAUUCUCGUAGGUUGUACGACUCCGCACUUGCUAUCAUAGGUGGCCCAAACGUACUGCGUGAGUUGAGAAUCUGGGUUCUAGAAAUUGAGUAAUGGAGUUUUGUGUUGAAUAAACCCUGGCCGAAGUUCAUUCACCUGUCAAAAGUUUCUUCAAUUCUCUCAGGGCUUAUUUUUGGUGUUGAAAGUAAUAUAUGCUUACGUGUAUUGUAUGUUUCCGUAAACUAUUGUUGGAAAUACUAACAGUCUUUCAUUGAUGGCUUUCGUCAACAAUAUGCUCGUACACUGUACUGGCAGUUCGUUUGACAUUGCUUUCAAGUUACUAAUUGAUCAGCAAUUCGGUUCCUUAUUUCCAGGAAAAGCAACAGAGAUAUCUUGGUCUUAGUGCUCAUGAAAAAGUUACUCUCAAUCUGGUAAGUGACUCUAUGUGGAACGUAAGUGCCUCUUUAUUACGUACUAUCACGUUUCGAUCCGUAGUUAAAAGACAUCUUCUUUGUUAAACUUUUUACAAUCACGAUUCAGUAGUCAGUAUUCUUUGUACACUGCCAGUUGCUUUUGAUUGUUUGGAGACAAGCAGUUUGCAAGUAAAAUGACAUAUUUAUACAAAGAAAACUGGGCCUUAUAACUGAACGCAUAAUACAGUAAGUAAUACAGGCACAUGAGGAACAGAGACAAGUGUCUGCAUUGCAGAGAUGUCUUAGGUUGGGGAACUAUCUUUAGUUUAGUAUCCUUCUGACCAGUUGAACUGUCCUUAUUGUGGAGGUCUCCGUAAGCAGUGGUUUAUUUGUAUUCAAAGAGGCUUAUUCAGUCAAUUUAGUAUAAUUAUAUAUAUUUUUCCUUUUAGGGUCGCUUUAUCUUGUCAAACAAGGUGGCGAGGACUAUCGCCUUUUUCUACACACUCCUGGUCCAUUUGAUGGUGUUCUUGGUAGGUAGUGUGCGUUACGAAUGGUUGUAAUUGUAGCAUUUCUAAAGAAUCCUGAUGAUAGAACCUUUUUUCUUUACUUAUCUUAAAUUUGAAUUAGCACGAGUAUGUGCUUCCUCUUACUGCGUUGUUAUUUGCGUUCAGGCGGAAAACAGAAAUUGUUUUAAUUCCUUGAGUUACAAUUGUAUUGAUAUAACGUAUAAUCUGAACGAACCAAACCGGUGUAGUUUGGAGACAAAGAGUUUACGACAUGACUCUUUCAUGUUUAAAACAGGUGCUUUACAAGUUGGCUUACACAGAAUCGUGCAAACGGGACGUAGCCUCAGAGUGUGCAAAAAGGUAA